CUAUUUGUUAAUGCGUUUAUGAUAAAAAUAAUUGCACAAACUUAAUAUAUUUGAUAGAACUUAUAUAUACUAUUAAAGAUUUUUGUAACGAAACAGUUUUUUGGUGAGUUUUUUAUUUUCAAACCUCAUUGUGAGUUUCAUAUCGCAUAUGUGCGUUUUAAGUAUCUCGAAAUUUGUGUAGUUAAAUGUCAAACAUAUUCCAUACGUCAAAAUUGAAAAAGAAGCUACAAUUCGCUAUUGAGUGUGUUGCAGGAGAGUUGCUUGUUGUUUGCGAAUUUAGUUUUGUUCGUUAUUUGUUUCAUGAGUUAACAUGUCAGAUUCGCAAAUAAGCAAAGUAAUUGAAAAUUUGGUUGAAGUUGCUGGUAUAACCACUUCGCAAGCAAAACUGUUAUUGGAAGCUUGUGGAAACAAUUUGGAAGCUGCAAUAUCAUUGCAUUUUGAAGGUGGCGGAAUUGAUGCGUUGCAAACAAACAAUGAUGCUUCAGUUGAAGAUGAUGUCCGACCUCCUAUUCCUCCGAGGCGCGAACAGUUGUGUAGACCUGAAGAUGAUAAUUUUUUGUUGCUGCAGCCACAAACACGUCGCGCGAAUACUCGUUCACAGGUAAAAGUUUGUCCAUUGCGAGAUUUUGCACGCGAAGGUGCCUUAAUGGAACAGGAACUUAACGAAACUGCCAAUAGUCUUAGUGAACCUUUUGAUAAUGUUGCAUAUGCUAUGGAGACUAACGAUGAUAGUAGCCCUAGUGUAAAUACACGUAAAAGACGCCGCGAAAGAAAUGCCCCUCUCUCAUCGAGUACUGCUAAUUCUAGAUUAGGUGAUCUGUACCGUCCACCAACUGAUAUAACAUUCGCAGGCACAUUCCAAGUAGCACGUACAACCGCUACUGAUAUGAAGCUGUGGUUAUUGGUUAACAUACAAAGCGAUAAUUUCGCAUCACAACUGCUUAACCGAGAUGUUUGGUCUGAUAAAAUAAUGCGUUCAAUUAUUAAAAAGAAAUUUCUACUAUGGCAGGUUGAUGCUGAAGCGUAUGAAGGUCGUCGUUUCUGUGCGUUUUAUCAUUGCACAGAACAGCCUUAUGUCUGUGUUGUGGAUCCACGCACUGGUGAAGAAAUGUGGAAAAGUAGAGAUCCUAAACACUCUAGUUUGAUAAAAGACUUAAAAGAGUUUCUUAUUCAUAACAAAACACUUGCUGAACAGAUGGAAGAUGAUUUCCCUUCUACAUCGAAACGAAGUCGUAAAAGUUCGGUUAAUGGCCGAAAUGGUGAAAUUUCAAAAAAACCAGCAACAACUGCAUCUACAAUAACAAAAGCGCCAUCAACGAAAAAAAAUUCAUCUAAUGUUACGGAACUUACUGAGAAGGAGCAAAUUGCUUUAGCUAUACGUAACUCAAUGAAGGUUAAUAAUGAUGAUGUUAUUGAUGACGAUGAAGUUAAUAAUUUGUAUAAAAUGGAUACUUGUGUUGAUGAUUCUGUAGUUAAUUCAUUUAAAUCCUACGAACGCUAUUUGGGUGUUGAGGAAAAUGAUUUGACCCGUAUAAAGCUACGACUUUGGAAUAAGGAAGAAAAUGACGAAGUUGUUGAAUUGCGUUGGCCGUCAGAUACACAAUUAAAUGUCCUUCGCAUAUAUAUUGAACAAAUUUAUAAACAUAUUCCACCUACUGCUUAUCGAAUUAUUUGCGCUUAUCCCCGUAAGACUUUUGAAAAUGAACAUUUCCAAAAGUCUUUGAAACAAUUGGGCCUACAUCCUACCGUCAAUUUACACGUUACAGUCGACUAAAAUUACAAACCUAUUAAUAUAAUAUUUAUAUACUUAGUUUUACGAAUUAAAAUCAGAAAGAGCCAAAUAUAAAUAAUCUCUAAAAAAUUCUUCUUUUUUAGUUGCUUUAAACAAAAUUAAAAUAA